GAUAAAUGGGUAUGACUUAUCUCUUUAGACUUUAAAUUUGUUUUGAAUUUAUCUUUCUACUUUAAAUGAUGAGUUUUUUUUUUUUUUUAGAACUUGUAGAAGUUGCAGAGGAUAAUGUCAUCAUCAAUAAUGUUGAUAAAGAUUUUGAAUUUAAAAUUGGCAUGAAAUUUGCUAAUGAGGACGAAGCUUAUAAUACAUACAAUGCAUAUGCAAUUUGCAAAGGAUUUGGAGUGCGAAAAGGACAAAAGGCAAACAAUAGUAAAGGAUUAUUGCGAGCUUGCACAUUUCUAUGUAAUUGUGAAGGAUAUUCUCCACCAAUCUUACCUCAUGAACAAAGAGAUAUAUAUAGGACUAUGAAAAGAAGUGGAUGUAAAGCUUGCAUUAAAUUCAAAAUUGAAGAGGGAGUUUGGGUAGUUGUCAAAUUUGAGGAUGUUCAUAAUCAUCCUUUUGUUGAUGAUAAACAAAAGCACUUAAUACGGUCAUAUCGGCAUAUAACGAAUACUAAUGGAAGUAUUUUGACUUCUUUGGUUGGGGCUGGUGUGAGGGCUACAAAAGCAUAUUCGUAUCUUAGUGGUGAAGCCGGAGGGCAAGAGAAUGUUGGCUUUACACUACGGGAUUGUCAUAAUUUUUUGCAAUCAAAGAGAAGAGCCUUUAUUACUGCAGGGGAUUGUCAAAGUCUGAUUAACCAUUUUAAUUGCUUACAAUUGAAUGGAAGCAAUUUUUCUUAUACAUUUCAGUUGGAUCAAGAGCAAAGAUUGACUAAUUUUUUUUGGUCCGAUGGUAUAUCCAAGCUGGAUUAUGAAAGUUUUGGAGAUGUUGUGGUAUUUGAUGCUACUUAUCGUACAAAUAAAUACAAUAUGAUAUGCGCACCUUUUGUUGGGUUGAAUCAUCAUUGGAAAAAUGUUCUAUUUGGUUGUGCAUUUUUAUUGGAUGAGACUAUUGCUUCUUUUGUGUGGGCUUUGCAAUCCUUUUUAGAGGCAAUGGGUAAUAAAGCACCCAAGACUAUUUUCACUGAUCAAGAUCAUGCGAUGGCAAAUGCCAUUAGAACUGUUCUUCCCAACACUAGUCAUCGUUUAUGUGUAUGGCAUAUUGGGAAAAAUGCUACGCAUCAUAUUGGACAUCUUCUUGGAAAACCGGGCUUUCGUGAUAAAUAUUGGCACAAGAUUUUAUAUAAGUGCGAGUCAGAAUUUGAAAUGGAAAACACUUGGAAAGCUAUGUGUCAUGAGUGGAAGCUUGAGGACAACAAGUGGUUGGAUAAUAUAUAUCGCCUACGUCAUAAAUGGUGUCCUGCAUUCGGCCGAGAUACUUUUUCUGCGGGAAUUAGAUCCACUCAAAGAAGUGAAAGCACCAAUAAUGUCUUUCAAGAUAUGGCAUGUAAGACUAUGACUUUGUCUGAAUUUGUCAAUCAUUAUGAGAAGCAAGCUGAAAAAAUGCGCAACUCUGAAGUUAUUGAUGAUUUUGAGUGUGCUCGAGGAAUGCCGCGGAUUAUGGUUGAAAGUAGUGGAAUAUUGAAACAUGCUGCACAUGUCUACACGCAUGUCAUUUUUAGAAAAUUUCAGGAUGAGUGCUUGCAUUCUUUGUCUGAACAUGUUCUUAGAUCAGAAAUUGAUGGGCCGUUACACACUUACAUAUUGGGAGCUGAAAAUAGUGAAAGAAAGCAUAUUGUCCAUUUUUGUUCGGGUGAUUCAACCAUUACAUGUAGCUGCAAGUUAUUUGAAAUGCGAGGAUGGUUGUGUAGGCAUACUCUAUGUAUCUUGACACAUGUUGUAAAUGUUACAAGCAUUCCAUCAAGAUACAUUUUGAAGAGGUGGACAAAAACUGCAAAACAAAGUAGUCAUUGCAAUGAUGUUGGAGAAAGCUCUCGUGAUGCGGGACAGUCAAAGACAUUGCGCUUGAAGAGGUUAAUGCAGUUGGCUUUUAGUGUUAUGAACAAUAGGGCAAAUCAUGAUGUUAUGGAGAAUAUUGCAACUACAACCUUGAUGGAUCUUCACUCUCGUAUUGUGAACAAAAUGCAAUAUCUCACAUGUAAAGAUGAUGUUAAUUCCUUGCUGGAAAAUGAUGAAUCUGAAUAUGCAGCAAAUUGUGGAAUUCAAAUACAUGAUCCUCUUCGGAGAAGGCCAAAAGGUAUACCAAAUACUCGGUUGAAGAGUACUAAUGAGAAGCGGAAGAGAAAGGAAUCCUCAUACACAGGAGGCACCUCAAAAUAGAUGAAGACAGUAGUCUUUUUUGUUUGGCACAUGAAGACAGCAGCCUUUUUUUUGUAGAUGAAGACAGCAGUCGUUAAUUGAUGGUGUUUUAUGACAUCAACAAAGAGCAGAAGUUAAUUGAUGCUCAGCUGAUUGAAUUCCUCUGUCUUGAUUUUAGGUCACAACUUGUCAAUAUAGGAUAAAGCAUAGUGUGAUAUUGUCCUGUGUACUGGAGUUCCUAUGCCAUGUCUCCAUCUAGUGGCUGUUGGAGGAAACGCUUAGUAGUUACUAGUUGGACAAUUAUUUCAACAAAUUGGUGGCUUUUGGUAAUCACUUGAGUUCAGUGGAUUCUGAUUGUGGUCAACCUUCAACUUGGAAGUUGAUCAGCCAGUCACUAUACUGUAUCACAUCUACUUUUAAUGAACCUUUUUGAAUGGCUGUGGUAGCUUCUUGACUACACUGGUUAUUAGUGUAUAAAACUUACCAUAUCAUCUUCACUACAUUUGGUUGAGCGUGCAAAUGCAUUAAGUUACAUAUCUGUGGACUUGAUUUUAUGAGUGUUAGAAUCGCCAACAUUAUUCUUAACUCUUUAUUGUGGCUUUAGCUUUGCUUCAACUUUACAUUGAAUAGGGCGUAGGAUUUUGCUGCACUUUGAAGCAGUGGAUUCUGCCUUCUGUGCAUGGAUUAAUGGAGUCUUCGUGGGGUAUAGUCAGGAUAGUAGGCUGCCAGCUGAAUUUGAAAUCACUGACUACUGUAAGCCUUCUACUGCUGAAGAAAAGAAUGUUUUAGCGGUUCAAGUAUUUAGAUGGAGUGAUGGAUCUUAUCUUGAGGAUCAAGAUCAUUGGUGGUUAUCUGGUAUUCAUCGUGAUGUGCUUCUUCUAGCAAAGCCACAGGCAGAUUAAGGUUUUUCUUUGCCCAAUUUGGAUGUGCGAUCACAACCGGAUUCUUUCCUACACAAGAUAAGAAUCCUUACUUUACUCUCGUUCACUUUAGGAAGUUUGUGCCAUUUUUUUGGAUCUACUGAUGUGAACUAAUCUCUCUGUGAAACCAGAAUCAUGAAUCACUAGACACCGAGUCCAAUUCGUGGUUCACGGGGUCGUACGGCUAUAUUACUCUAGGAUGGAGCUUGUCAGCGGGAAAAUGCCGACAAAUGCAUCCUUUAGUUUGGAUAUUGACAUGGUCAAAUUGGUGGAGACACAUAUUGAGAUGCAAGGUUUGGCUUGGGAAGAGUUGAUAGACCCUGCGUUGAGCUUGCUCUUGGCUAGGGAAGAGAAUGCAGCUUUUCAAGUGCUCGAAAUUGCACUGCAACUGCCCCACAAGUGAGGCCAUCAUCCUGGCAGGCAUGCGAUCUCCUUUUCCAUGUAUUCAACAAUAGGAUGAUGGAUAACCUUGUCUGUAUUUCCUGAUGGUUGAAUGAGUAGAAAUCUGGCUAGAGUGAUGUAUGUGGUUAUGUCUACCAAGAUUCAGUUAGCUAUGAUGUGGUCUGCAUAAGCUGCCUUGUUUUUUUUUUUUUUUUUUUUUUUUUUUUUAACCCAGAUUUCUGCUGUCUAAUUGCAAUCAUGGCCGU